UUUGCAGCACCGCCAGACAGGAAGCGGAGGACAAAGAAGGAGCAGGAAAGGCGGAGCUCCCGUCCCGCAGUGGUCGCGGCGCUAGCGGAAAACGGCGGCAGAAGCGGCCCGACGAGCAUGCCUGACGGCUACCUUCAAAAUGGGGGCGCCACGCAUCGCUGUUGUCGUGUGGAUGCUGCAGGUUCUGAUUGGCUCAGCCGGGACAGAUGAGACGCGGCACGCUUGUCGCCCGUCCGUCAUGGAUGUGAUGUCCGGUUGGGAUGGGAUGCGGCUAACUGUAAGCGCGCGAGGGCGCAACUGCUCCCUGGCCGUGCGGUGUGCGGACGCCGCCGAAGACAUCCGUUGCGCCCGAAGAAGCCGCGAAGAAGGACGAGCCGAUGCGGAGGCCAACGUGACGGCGAGUGCGUGGCCGGCGGGUGCCGUCGUCUUCACCUGCGACUUGCGUCACAUGGAACCGGGAAGCGCCUACCUGCUGCAGGUCCACGCUGGCGGCGCCACGCCGGAAGUGGCCAACGUCAGCGUGCACACCUGCCCUUCGGCCCCAUCAGGCCUGAGCGUGACUUCCAGGCGGAGCGACAGCCUGGGACUUUCCUGGCAGGCGGGCCCAGGCCGGACUCAGCGUUUCAGGCUGCUCGUGUGGGAGCAUUCUGUGCUCCCGCUGCUGAACGAGACGCUGGAGAGCACCGCCACCUGGCGCGCCGUCGGCGACCUCACGCCGGGCAGGCGCUACAACAUUACCCUGGCGACGGAGGCCGGCGGACUGCGCAACCACUCCAGCAUCCGCACGCAAACAGCGCCGGCCGCCGUCGCCGACCUGACGGCCGAAGCCGACGGCGCCUCUUUGCGCUUGUCGUGGCGAGGGCCGGCGGGCGAGGCGGACGCUCUGGUGGUGUCGCUGCGUUCGGACGACUCCGCCCCGCUCCAGACGAUUCUGCGGCCCGACGCCGGCGGGGUGGCGGUGGCCGGGCCGACGCCCGGCUCAGCCUAUCGCGUGACGGUGAGCACCCGCAGCGGCGAGCUCAUCAACUCGUCGGAGAUCGACGCUCGCACAGCGCCGGCGCCGGUGUCGCUCCUGGCAUUGACGCCCUCCGCCCUGGGGGGUCUCCUCUUGUCAUGGGCACCCCCCGCCGGGCACUGGGACGGCUACGGGCUCAUCCUCCGUGACGGCUCGCGGGAAGUAGUCGCCGCCGUCGACCUGCCCAAGGAGGCCGUCAACUUCACCUUCCCCGGGACCGGACUGCUUCCCGGACGGCGCUACCGAGCCACGCUGGCCGUCAAAAGUGGACGGCUGGCCGCAGAAAGCAGCUGUGACGGAAACAUGCUUCCGGCGCCCGCGUACGACCUCCACAUCCGGCACGCCGACGAAACGUCCUUGAGCGCCAUGUGGAGCCACGCCCCCUCCGGGUGGCGGGACGCUUACUUCCUGACCCUGGUCCACGGUGACGUCACUGUGGACACCAGGGCGCUGGAGCCUCACGUGAGGGAGUGCACCUUUAACGUGCUCACGCCCGGGAGGAUUUACAACAUCACUGUGACGGCCAGGAGCGGAAACCUCAACGCGUCUGUCUUUGUGGAGGGGCGGACAGUUCCUAUGGCGUUGAGCGCCAUGACACUGCGCAGCGUGGCCGUGGACAGCCUGCAGGCGUCCUGGGAAAAACCACGCGGGGACGUCGACUCGUACGAGCUGGCGCUACUCCAGGACAGUGUUGUCGUUCAGAACCACAGUGUUGCGCUUCCGGUUGGCCCCGCCUCCUUGCUGCUUUGCGGUCUCACGCCCGGCGCCCUAUACAGGCUGGGGGCUGUGGCGGUCAGCGGCGGCGUGCGCUCCAAAGUCACAAGUCUGGAGGGACGGACAACUCCGGCAUCCGCGAGCGAGGUCACGGCGGUGAACGGUGGCCGUGCGGAUACGCUGCGCGUGUCCUGGCGGCCGGCGCUCGGCGCGCUUGACACUUACCUGGUCCGCCUCGAGGACGGCGCGGGAACGGCGCUUCACUCUCAGGCCGUGUCGCGCCACUCGGCGCCCGAGUGCUCCUUUGGCUCCCUGACGGCCGGACGCAUGUACGCUGUCGUCAUUGUGACCAGGAGCGGCGGCCUGGAGAACGCCACCCGGGUUCACGCACGCACACAACCCGCCCCGGCGCAGAACCCGACGGCCGUCCACUCGGCAAGGGACGGCUUCCUCAAGGUGUACUGGCGACCCGCGUCGGGCGACGUGAGCGCGUACGUGGUGGCGCUGUGGUACAACGGCAGCGUGGCCCAGCAGCAGAGCGUGCCGCCCGCGCGCAGCGACUGCGUCUUCGGCUCGCUCACGCCCGGCCGCCUUUACACCGUCACCGUAGCCACGUGGAGCGGAGACCUCGUCAGCAGCGCCGCCACAGACGGACGCACCUUGCCAGCCUGUGUGUCCAAUCUGUCACUGAGCAAUGCAGGAUCAGGUGAGCUGACCGUCACCUGGAGCCCCGCCCCCGGAGAUGUGGAUCACUACGAGAUCACACUGCUGUUCAACGACACGCGCGUCUUUCCGCCACUCACGUUGGACAGCGCCGCGCGACGCCACCGAUUCACGUCGCUGACGGCGGGACGCCUCUACAAGACGGUGGUGUCCGCUGUCAGCGGGCCCAACCAGAGGGCGCUCUUCGUCCAGGGACGCACAGUCCCUGCCGCCGUGACGGACCUCCGCCUGACGCCACGGCGCCCCCCCGCUGACGGAGGACUGACGGCCAGGUGGACGCCGGCGCUCGGAGACGUGGACGUGUACGUCGUGUCGCUGUCGGCCGCCGCACGGGGCGAGGUGGCGGAGUCUCGGCUCGUCCCCGAUCACGUCUCGUCUCUGGACUUCUUGGAUCUGAUCCCGGGCCAGGCCUAUAAUAUCACCGUGCAAUCGCGAAGCGGGGAGCUGACCAAUAGCGAGGCGACGUCCGGCCGCACGGCCCCGGCGCCCGUGAGCGGGCUGCAGGCGGACAAGGAGCACACGCCGCACGGCCUGACGGUCACGUGGGAGCGGCCGGCGGGACGCUACGACGCCUUCAGGCUGCUGCUCGCCGACGGCGCCACGCUGGCCGACCUGACGCUGCCGGCCGCCGCCCGCUCGCAUCGCCUGGACGGGCUGAUGGCCGGGAGGUGGUACGGCGUGACCGUGCUCACGCUCAGCGGGGGCGUGGCCUCCGCCCCAGUCACGGCCGAAGGGCAAACACGUCCCGCCGCCGUGAGCAACUUAACAGUGACGUCUGCCAACUCGUCGUCCCUGGGCUUCUCGUGGCGCCACACGGACGGGCACGUCGACAUCUACGAGGCGUCGCUCUUCGCUCGGGAUGACGAAGAGCGGGAAACGGCCGGCGGGAAGCAGCAGGUUUGGGGCGAGCCGGCGGGCGUGCAGAAGGUGUCGCCGGGCGUGGACGCGUGCCUUUUCACGGGCCUGCAGGCGGGAAGUCUGCACCGGCUGCAGGUGGUCAGCUGGAGUCGACACCUGAGCAGCGACUCGGCCGUCGUCGCCAGAACCGCACCCUCUCCCGUCCGCGGCCUGCGGCUGGACAGUUCCGGGGAGACGGACAAACUGGCAAGCAGCUGGAGCCACGGCGACGGCCGGCGGAGCGCCUACCAGGUGACCUUGACGGAGGCGUCGGGCGCUGUGGCGGGAGCCCGGCUGCUGGGGGCGGAGCGGAGCGCUCACGUGUUUGCGGGGCUGCUUCCCGGGAGACUCUACCGCCUUGACGUGGUCACGCGCAGCGGCGAGAUGAGCAGCAACGCCUCGGCGCUCGCACGCACCGCUCCAGCCCCGCCCACCCGGCUGGCGAUCGAGCAAGGCCCGGACAACGAGACGCUGGAGCUGGCGUGGGCAGGCCCCGCCUCCGGCGACUACGACAGCUUCGCCGUGGCGUGGACGCCCCCCGACCGCUUGGCGGUCGCUCGCUCGGGCCCGACCGCUCGUCUGCUGGCCGGCGCCUUUCCGGGCCGACGCUACGACUUCACCGUGGCCACCGUGAGCGGGGCGGCGGGCGGGCCAGUGGCCACCAGCCGGCCGAUCCGGACCACCGUCACGACAAGGCCGUCCCCUCUGCGCUCCCUCCGCUGCGUCCCCGUGUCGUCGUCGUCCGUGUCCUGCCGGUGGUCUCCCCCUGUGUCCGACUUGGACUCGUUCGAGGUGGAGUGUCGUCGCCACGACGACGGGGAGUUGACAUCGGCCGUGCGUCUGGGGGCCGCCGUCACGGCGGUCACCCUGGACCGAUUGGACGCCUUCAGGAAGUACGUGGUCACCGUGAGGGCGGCGUCGCACGGACGCACCGGCGCGCCCAGCACACGCACGGCCGUCACCAUGAUCGACCGUCCCCCGGCCCCGCCCCCCGGCGUCAGCGUGAGCGCGGCCCAGGUGACGUGGUCGUCCGUCUUGUUUCGCUUCAACUGCUCGUGGUUCAGCGACGUCAACGGCGCCGUCAGAUACUUUGCCGUCAUCGUGGCUCAGUCGGACGCCCACGAGGUCCUGCUGCCCGAGCAGCGCCACCCACUGCCCUCCUACCGCCAUUAUGUCAACAACGCCUCGGUCAGGGCCUACCAGAGCGCCUACUUCCUCAACAGAUGCCCACGAGAUGCCAGCACCACAGCCGGCCAGUCGGUGGAGGUCAACUUGGGGGCGGGAGGCGACCGACUGGGCGGGCCCUGUGAUCGUUCCCGUGACAACUCCUACUUGGGCGAGAGCUUUGGAGACUUCUGCGACGGCCCGCUCAAGCAGAGAACUUCUUACAGACUCAGCGUGCGAGCGUUCACGCGACUGUUUGACGAAAACGGCAGAGAGUUUCCUCAGCCGCUCUUCAGCGACACCUACCUGUCCGCCCCGCUCAGGACGCCCGCAGAGCCACUAGGGGGCGCGGUGGAGGGAGCCAGCACCUGCACGUUCGCAUUAGGCGUGAUGGUGACCCUGGCGUCGCUGCUGCUGUACCGCCGGCGAGUGAGGAAAGUUGCGGCGGCGCAGGAGAACCCACUGGUCAGGGUCAAUCUGUGGAAGGAGCCGCAUAGCACCGCCACGUACCUGGGCGUCAAGAGCAGCGCUCGUCGUGUCUCCAGUCCGGUGAAAGCCGCUCACUUUGAGUCUCACCUGUCGAAGCUCCAAGCGGACGCCGGCGUUCUGAUGUCAGAGGAGUUUGAGGAGCUGAAGGAGGCGGGUCGCAGUCAGCCGGCGGAGGCGGCGCGCCUGCCCGACAACCGCGCCAAGAACCGCUACAACAACAUCUUGCCGUAUGAUUCCACACGGGUCAAGCUGUCAUGUCUGGACGACGACUCGUGCUCCGACUAUAUUAACGCCAGCUACGUGCCGGGUUACAACUUCCGUCGCGAGUACGUGGCCACGCAAGGCCCGCUGCCCGCCACCAAGAACGACUUCUGGAGGAUGCUGUGGGAACACGGCGUGCGUGUCGUCGUCAUGGUGACGCAGUGCGUGGAGAAGGGACGGGUCAAGUGCGAGCGCUACUGGCCUUGCUACGAUGAGACGGCGUACUACGGCGAGCUGCUGGUCCAGAUGACGUCCGAGUCGGUUCUUCCCGAGUGGACGGUCCGCGACUUCCGGAUUUCCCCGGAGAGAGGCGGAGCCCCCCGUGCCAUCCGCCACUUCCACUUCACCGUUUGGCCCGACCACGGAGUCCCCGAGGGCACGCACGCCCUAGUCCAAUUUGUCAGGACCGUGCGAGAAUUCGCGGACCGCUCGGCCACCGCCGGGCCCACCGUGGUCCACUGCAGCGCCGGCGUGGGCCGCACGGGGACCUUCGUCGCGCUGGACCGCCUGCUGCAGCAGCUGGACGGCAAAAGCGGCGUGGACGUGUACGGCUGCGUCUUUGACCUGCGCCUCCACCGCCAGCACAUGGUCCAGACCGAGUGCCAGUACGCCCUCCUGCAUCAAUGCGUGCGCGAUGUGCUGAGAGCACGCAAACAUCAGAGCGACUACGCCAUCUAUGAAAACUUUGACCCAGACUUGUGCCGCCGCGAGCUGAUCUACUCGGGCCGCUGACGCAAGGAAGCGCCGUGGCUAGGAUGGAAGCGAAUGAAUGCAUUUACUUUUACAUUUGAAAAUGAUGUCAAUAUGAUGAGUAAUCCAUAGCAGGAAGUAUAGAUUUGAACACUUUUUACUGCAAACUUGUCUAUCUAUAUGUCGUAUCCGUUGAGCUUUCGCUGAGCCAGCAAAUAAAGGGAGCUAGCA